UCAAAUGGCUGUCCCUGUAUGGUACCUUUACCAGCUCAAAUGAUCCCUUGCUAGAAGAAUGCACCAGCAAUGUACAAAUUCCAAUCAACGAAACAGCUGCCCAGAUUCUGUAUCAAUAUCCAUGGAUGGUCAAUGUUACUCUGAAGGCAGGUUUCGACUUGCGGUGGGAAAUAGGUAGUGAUCAAUGCAACAAAUGCUUGAAUUCUGGUGGGGUUUGUGGAUAUAAUAGGACCACAACUCAAUUCACUUGCUUCUGCCAAAACCAGCCCUGGUCAAGCACAUGUCCAAGACCAGGACAAAAUGCAUCCCCUUCACCUCCCUUGGUCUUUCUCCUUCUUUAUCAUCAUCACCUUCGUCUUGAUCCAUGCUCCUAAAUUCGCAUCCUCUGUGGAUGAACGUUAUGUGAACUGCAGCGGGACUUUCGCCUGUGGAAACAUUGAGAAUAUUGGCUAUCCUUUCUGGGGUUCAGACAGGCCGGACUACUGUGGCUUCCCGGAGUUCCAGCUGAACUGCGGUGACUCAAUCCCGGAGAUCACAAUCAUGUCAGCAAAAUACCACGUCCUUGGAAUCAACAACGAGUCCCGGCUUCUCACCUUGGCCAGAGCCGAUUAUCUAGACAACCCCUGCCCCACCUCCCUAAUCAACACCACACUGAAUCGUGACCUCUUUGAAUUUACACCCGAUACUCAGGAAAUAAACCUCUAUUAUCGUUGCCCUCAAAUAACAAAUCAGGAGAUUGGCUCCAUCAUUAAUUUUACUUGCAAUGUAAACGCAACCACCUUCUCCAGCGUUUACCUCUACAGUAAUCUCAGCGAAAUAACCGGCGUGGGUUUGAUUGCGGCUAGUACUUGCGGUGACAGGGUUGUUCUGGCCGCAAACCGAUCCGAAAUCCAGUCCGUGGAGGCAAGUCCGAAUCCAAGCGGGAAAAAUCUGGUUGAAGCUCUUGAAAAAGGAUUUGGGCUGCAGUGGAAUGCAAAUAAUAGCUUGUGUGAUCGGUGCAGAGGCUCCGGCGGGCAGUGUGGAUAUAAUACGGAUACCGAUACGUUUUCUUGUUACUGCUCAGAUCAGCCUUAUGAUACCGUUUGUCCUCCUCCAACAGCGCCUAUUCUGCCCCCCACCUCUCCUCAGGCCUUCACCAUGCUCCCUCUGGUUUUCCUCUUCCUGCUCAUCUUCCUCCUUUCCGCCCAUGGAGCGCAUUCCUCUGCCCAAAACGACACGUCCACCUUCCCCAACUGCAACCAUACCUUCUCAUGCGGGGGCCUCCAAAACCUCUCUUACCCAUUCACGGGCGGGCCUCGUCCGUCAUACUGCGGCCCCCUGGGAUUUCUCCUCACCUGCACCGACGAUGGAAUCCCCCAGUUAAUUAUGGACUCACUGAGUUACAGGAUCAUCCAAGUCGAUCGAAACAUACAGAGCAUGACGCUUUCCCGCUCGGACCUGUUCAACAACACAUGUACCCACAAAUUUGCUAACACCAGUCUGAGUUCCCCUUUAUUCAAUCUCAGCCCAGACAACAAGAACCUCUCGCUGUUCUAUGAGUGUACUCCGGUCCAGGUGUAUACCCCGGAGAACCUGUUCUGGUGCGGAGAUGGGAGUUCUAGUAGUGCCGCGUACCAUGUGUUGGGUCCAGUUCCGAACGAUCCCAUAUUCAAGAUUAUUCGCUGUAACAUCAGCAUCAAACUGCCCAUGUUGCAAGCUGCGGCGGAUAAACUUGAGAUCAAUAGGUUUACUCUCAGGGAAGCUUUAAUGGAGGGAUUUAGCGUGAAUUAUACUACUCCAAAUGCGGACGAUUGCGCUAGUUGUCGCGAUUCGGGUGGGGAGUGUGGGUUUUUGGAUCAGUUUGUUUGCAUUUGUGGUGAUCGAAUUUGUGACAUACCAGGCAAGAAGAAGACAAUAAAACCAGUUCAAAUAGGCCUCUUUAUAACUGGUGGAAUAAUUGCUGGUAUUCUUCUGGGAGGCUGGUGGUUAUUAUGGUAUCAGAGGAGAAAGAGAAUUGCUGCUCAAUCUCAAAGCAAAGACUUGCCUGCAACUCCUCCAUCAGGCAAAGGCCUGGGCCCUGCUACUCUAUCCACUUUGCAUUCUGAAAGCAUUCCUUCUUAUUCCUCAGCCAAGUCUGACCUAGAAAAGGGAAGCACCUACUUUGGAGUUCAGGUCUUCAGCUACGCUGAGCUUGAAGAAGCAACUCAUAAUUUUGAUCCUUCUAAAGUACUUGGAGAUGGGGGUUUUGGCACUGUUUACCAUGGUGUGCUCAGUGAUGGGAGUGUUGUGGCAGUAAAGCGCCUGUAUGAGAACAAUCUCAAACGUGUUGAACAGUUCAUAAAUGAAAUUAAGAUCCUAGCUGACAUACGACAUCCAAAUCUUGUGACCCUAUAUGGAUGCACCUCGAGGCACAGCAGAGAACUUCUCCUUGUGUAUGAAUACAUUCCUAACGGAACUGUGGCUGAUCAUCUUCAUGGGAGAAGGGCAAAUUCUGGCUUGCUUACUUGGCAUGUUCGGUUGCGCAUUGCCAUAGAGACUGCUAAUGCUUUAGCUUACCUUCAUAGUAAAGAAAUCAUACACCGUGAUGUCAAAACCAACAACAUUCUUCUAGACAACAAUUUCCAUGUGAAAGUGGCUGAUUUUGGUCUGUCUCGACUUUUCCCCAAUGAUGUUACCCAUGUGUCAACUGCUCCACAAGGGACACCUGGCUAUGUUGAUCCUGAGUAUUAUCAGUGCUACCAUCUUACAGAUAAAAGUGAUGUAUAUAGUUUUGGGGUGGUGUUGAUUGAGCUCAUUUCUGCAAAGCAAGCAGUAGACACAAAUAGGCACCGCUUUGAUAUUAACUUGGCUAACAUGGCCAUCAGCAGAAUUCAGAAUCAGGCAUUGCAUGAGUUGGUCGAUCCAUCUCUUGCCUUUGAAACUGAUUUUGCUGUGAGGACAAUGAUUACAACAGUUGCAGAACUGGCUUUUCAGUGUUUGCAGAAAGAGAGGGAUAUGAGGCCUUCCAUGGAAGAAGUUUUGGGGGUUUUGAAGGGAAUGCAGAAUAAAGAGUCGGGAGCACAGUUUGCAGAGGUAGUGAACAUUGGAGCAGAUGACGUUGGCCUUUUGAGACAUGUUCCCCCUCCAGUUUCACCAGACUCAGUUGAAACCGAAAAAUGGGUUAGUAGCUCUACCACGCUGAAUCCCUUUUAGUUCUAGCAAAUGAGAUUUCGUUUCACUUUUCCCCUCAAAUUCUCGAUUGGUAAAAGUAUUCUAUGAUCUUGAUCCAUUGUGGAUGAGGCUCUAAAUUUACAUUACCUUCACUUUCAGGCCUUUUCUCCUUUUCCCUUGUUUGUUUAAAAAUAAUGUAAGAUGAUACCAGUAUAUGUGAAGUCAACGAAUUAUAAGUUUAUAAGGCAUGAGUAGAGCUUUACUAAGGGUAUAAAAUCUAUAUGUUUAGGAUGCAAUGAUUCAUGAGCAUUUGUGGUUUAAUAAUAUAUAUGCAGUUAUGAAUUGUAGAUGCUGUGAUAAGUUCCUGGUAUUUCUAAUGCUGUUUUAAUGCUUGUUUCUCUACCAGGGGCAGAUAAGAACAAUGUAAUCCAACUUGCAUACAUGGACGCGGAAUUUUGAUUUUGAAGAGUAUUUGUUGCUCUAAAUUCAGGUUUCAAGUUAUGCUUACUAGAAGGGAAUCGUUUGUUUAGAUUAAACACUUUGCCAGACAAAAUGGUGGUAACACCUCGGUGAAUAGCUUGAACAAAUGACUACAGAUGCAGCAGCAUAGAGCUGUUUUGUAUGGGCAUGAUAUGUGUAGUCUGUACUUACUAUGCAUUGUCAAGGCAGAUUAAAUUGUUGUAUCUUUUUCUUGCUGAUCCGAGACUAAACUUUAUAAUUUACCCUGUAAAUUGCUCUUCUUUAAAAUCAUGUGAAAUAGCUUCUUACACAGUUACAUUUGUUGGUUUCAACUUUGGAGCCAAUUAUGCACCAAAAGAAAUUAUUUUUUUAAAU